GAAGAGUUUGAUAAAUAUACACUAGCCACGACAUAUUUUGAUUUAAAAGAAUAUGGUCGAGCUGCUCAAGAAGUUGAACAUUGUCAGAGUUACCAGGCUUACUUUCUUCAUGUGUACGGUCGUUAUUUAGCUGAUGAAAAGAAAAGGUUGGAUAAUGCUUCUGAUUCUAUGGAAUUUAAAGAUUUAAAAUUGUUACAUGUUGAGUUACAGAAGAAACACAUGGCAAAAGAAUUGGAUGGUUUUGGUUUAUAUUUAUAUGGAGUAAUAUUAAGGAAGUUAGAUUUAAAUAAAACAGCAGUAGAGAUAUUGGUAGAGUCUGUUACAUUAGAACCAUUACAUUGGGGAGCCUGGCAGGAAUUAGCUCUACUUAUAACUGACAGAGAAAUGUUAACAAGUUUAGAGCUACCAGAACACUGGGUUAAACAGUUAUUUUUCGCCAAUGUUUAUCUGGAAUUACAACUGAAUGAAGAACCUUUGAAGAUUUAUCAGCUGUUUUUAGAUAAUGGAUUCUCUAAGAGUAAAUAUAUAAUAUCUCAGAUAGCUGUAGCUUAUCAUAAUAUGAGAGAGGUGGACCAGGCUGUAGCAGCCUUCACAGAGUUACAAGUUUUAGAUCCAUAUAGACUAGAGAAUAUGGAUAUUUAUUCUAAUCUAUUAUAUGUUAAGGAAAUGGAGGCUGAAUUAGCUCAUUUAGCUCAUAGAAGUUGUGAUAUAGAUAAAUAUAGAGUGGAGACAUGUUGUGUAAUAGGUAAUUAUUAUUCAUUAAGAGGUCAACAUGAAAAGGCUGUGUUAUAUUUCCAACGAGCGUUAAAAUUGAACCCCCACUAUCUAUCAUCAUGGACCUUGAUGGGUCAUGAAUAUAUGGAGAUGAAAAAUACAUCAGCUGCUAUACAGUCAUAUCGGCAAGCUAUUGAAGUUAAUAAAAGAGAUUUUCGAGCUUGGUAUGGUUUAGGACAAACAUAUGAAAUAUUAAAAAUGCCUAAUUAUUCUCUGUAUUACUAUAUGAGGGCUCAAUUAUUGAGACCUAGUGAUUCUAGGAUGGUGGUAGCUUUAGGUGAAUGUUACGAGAAACUAGACAGACUUGUAGAAGCUAAGAAAUGUUUCUGGAAAGCUCACAGUGUUGGUGAUCUAGAGGGAAUGGCUUUAUUAAAAUUAGCCAAGUUGUAUGAGAAACUGAAUGAAGAAGAACAAGCAGCAUCAGCAUAUUUAGAAUAUAUCAAUAAAGCAGAAACACAAGGGGUACGUAUUGAGUUCGAUAUUGCCUAUAGAUAUUUAGCUAAUUAUUAUCUGGCCAGAAAACAAUGGGAUGACGCUUAUGCUGCUGCUCACAAAUGUGCAGAAUUUACAGAGACUAGAGAAGAAGCAAAAACAUUGUUAAGGACAAUACAGAAUGAACGAGGGAGGACUGAUGCUGAUAUUCAUGGAUCUAUGGAUAUGGAUGCUAGUACUGGCUCUAUUACAAUGGAAAGACAUUCAUUAUUAUUAACUGAUACACCAUUAGGAAGAUUAUCUCCCACUGCGUUACGUUUUACUCCCUAA